AUGUGGAAAGUUCUGCAGAUAAUUUAACUAAUCAAACAGCUAGAGACAAUACUGACAAUGCACAAAUUCAGUCAUCAAAGGAAUCAUCUUCCAAAAUUUUUCGUGAACAGAACAAGGUACAAGGUUUGUUGCAAGAAUUGUCUAUAUCUGCUAAGGAGAACCUGAAGAAGAAAAUGAUAGUGAAGAAGCUUCCCAAUAUUUACCUACUGAGUGUUAAAAUUUUGAGAAGAAACAACGUUAAUAUGGCAGAAUCACAAUAUCGUCAAGAGCUUCAGGAUGCUAUAACUAUAUGUGGUGAGAUCCACUUAAAUAGUAAAAAAAAGCUAGAGAAAAUCUUGUCACAAUUUAACUCUAUGUCUAAG